AUGGAAGGUCAUCUGCGGUCAAAAAGCAUUAAUUACCUGAAAGUCACCCACUGCAAUGUUUUUCCUUUUAGCGGGACCUGUCGCGUGACCUGCCUUUAUGGCCAGGUGCAGGUGCUUGGUUUCACCAUUAGCCAAGGCCAGCCUUCCCAAGAGGUCUUCUCUACCUACACCCACUCUUGCCUGGCUCUCAGUGCUGUUCAUUACUCGAUGUCUGAGAAAAGCAAGAAGGAGAUGAAAAGAGAAGCCCGGACUUUGCUCAGAGCUCAUCUGAACCGGGAUGACAGAUGUUGGUUGAUGAAGAACUUUUCUCCCCUGUGUUCCAUUGUGAUGCUAGAAAACCUGAAAAACGCCACGGUGAACUUCAUAACCAGCCAUCCAGGCUUAUCUUACAUUUUCGAACAAGAGAGGACAACUUUCCAGAUUAACGCCGAGUAUUUCGCCUUGAGGUCUGUGGGCAUUAAAAAAGAGAAGAAGAAAAACGGCCUUCAGCUCAGCGAGAGUUUCCUGUCGGCCCUGGAGGAGCUGGUCAGCGUGGCCUGUGAGGAAGCAGACGGCUGCCCCGUCAUCCUGGUCUGUGGCUUUCAGGACGUCGGAAAGUCAACAUUUAAUAGGUACCUGAUUAACCAGCUGUUGAACAGUAUUUCCUGCGUUGACUAUUUGGAAUGUGACCUGGGACAGACAGAAUUUACUCCUCCGGGCUGUAUUUCUCUACUUAAUAUCACAGAACCGCUUCUAGGACCGCCUUUCACCCACCAGAGGACACCACAGAAAAUGGUAUAUUUUGGGAAAUCUACUUGUAAAAACAACUAUGAGAAUUACAUUGAGAUCAUCAAGUAUGUGUUCAGUUCCUACAAGAGAGAGUCCCCUCUCAUCAUCAACACAAUGGGCUGGGUGACAGAUCAGGGCCUCUUGCUUCUCGUGGAUCUGAUCCGCUUGCUGUCCCCCAGCCACGUGGUUCAGGUCAGUUCCACUCGGAGCAGAACCAUGCCACAGUUCACCCCCGCCUACGUGGACGGCAUGGAUGGCUUGUACACCAAGAGCAAGGCCAAGGUCAGAGACCGAGGCUUCUACCUGCCAGAAUUUGCAGACAGUUUGGAAUUCGGUGACGAAGAAAAGGAGAGUCCGGUGGCAUUUUCUGGGCAUAAGCUGAUGUGCGUCCAGUUGUGCUUUGCGUUUAGAAAAACUCCAAGGAAUCGGGAGUCACAUAACAGAGUUCUUCGGGACUUGGCCUUGUUGGGUUACCUUGGCCAGCUGCAGGCCCCCGCGCCGAAACCGCUUCGUCCCCUGCACAGCCUGACCCCCUAUCAGGUCCCUUUCCAUGCUGUCGCCCUCCGGGUCAUUCACUCUGAUGUCGCCCCUACCCACAUCCUGUAUGCUGUGAACGCCAGCUGGGUCGGCCUUUGCAAGAUCCUGGAUGAUGUUGGCGGAUAUACAGAGGGGCCCGUCCUGCUUACGCAGACUCCAAUCUGCGAUUGUUUGGGCUUUGGGAUCUGUCGGGGGAUCGACAUGGAAAAGCGGCUUUACCACAUCCUCACGCCUGUGCCCCCGGAAGAGCUAAGAAAUGUGAAUUGUCUGCUGGUCGGAGCCAUUUCCAUUCCACAGUGCGUCCUCAAGAGCCAGCAUGGGCUCGAGGGGACGAUUCCUUACGUCACAACAGAUUAUAAUAUUAAACUUCCUGGAGCAACGGGGAAAAUUGGAGCAAGAGAAGCGGAGGAAACAUCUAGAACGAGACCACAUCCAAAAGCUCGGUUCUAUCGAAAGGCUCGCUGACGUGGCUAACGAGGGAGGAAGCCUGACGUCAGCGGACUGACGGGCUCUGCGCUGCGACUGCGCCCUGGCGAGCAGCAUUCCCUCCACAGCUCGUGGAAGCCGUAGUCCACUUAAGUCCCUUCUUAAAGCUCCGUGACCUCAUUUCGCCCUGCUCUGCUGUGUGGUUCAUCAUCCACGAUGUUUCAUUUCCUACAGGGAGAAAGCAGCAGGGAAAAGGUGACACGCCAUUGAAACAGAACAAAGUUCCAGCAUCUGGUGGGAACCUGGGUAAAAAUAGGGAGACAAGGGCCCAAAAGAUGUACCAAGGAGGGCGGCAGGCUGGCCCUCGCCCACUUGUGGUGCCGGCCGGGGUGGGGGACCCGCUGGUGGGUCUGUCCCAUCCCCUGAUCACAUGAUCCUAUCCACCUUCUCUUCCCUUCCUGUGGGACAAGUAUUAAAAGGUCGUGUUUCAUCUUUAAAUCAAGGCUUAACAGAUGGAGGUUUGGACUCGAGAAGCCUUCCCUUGCUCUCCAAUCCGGGAACCCUCUCGGGGCCUCGUUAGAGAUUUGCCCUGAUUGGCUUCUCUUCCGAGACUGACAGCCUGGGCAGAGGUCUGGGAGAGGCCUGGCAGGGCAGCUCUGAGUGGCCUGUUCCUGCAGUUGGCAGCUCGACCCAAACUUGAACAUGUGGACAGCUCUGGGCUGUUGAGCGCCCCCUCCUGAGUGCGGGAGCUGGUGAUGGUGCCACUCUCCCAGGUGGAAGUCUCUUCGUCUCCCUGGUGCUCACGAGUCCUUACCCUGAGGUGGGUGGUUUGGGGGGCAGAGAGGAGCCGUCUGGGGCACCAUUUCUGUGCUGAGGAGAGCGGGAUGCUGUACUGAGGCAACGUUUCAGACUUGCUGUGAACGAACGUCCGCUUCCUGGCGGAUCAUGUUGAAGGAGGUCCCCAGGAUUCGCAGGUUUUACCAUCUAUUCUUUUAAAUUGCUGAUUAUUGUUGUCUUUAAGCAUCUCAGAGACCCUCAGGCAUGCAAAUUCUCACAGGAGCCUUGUCCCUUCCAGGUGAAUUUUAGGAUUCUGGAGACCAUUUAAGGUCUCACUUCAUUGCGUCUUAUAUGUAUUUAAGUUUACCAUGUACACAUUUUUCUAUUUUGACUUGGCAAAUAGUUGUGAGACAAACCACCACCGUCAACCUUACCUCCUUCCCCAGCCCCUGCAUCUUGAUGACAGUCACUAGGUCGCUAGCAGCAGGUCGCAUUUGCUUUUUCAUUGCUCCAGGCCUGCCUUCAGCUGCCCCUCUUGCUGGCAUUUAAGGUCCUUCAGGUCCCUCAGUAAAGAAAGCAGACGGGGCCACUAGAGGGAGUUGUCAGCCAUGGUCAGAGGGCCAGACCUUCUAGGUCCCUGGCUCUGGUCAGGCGGCUGUAGAUGUCCAUUUGCUUACCAGUGUCGGUGGUGUGGGCUUGUUAUUUCUAGUCGGCUGUGGUCAGGGUGUGUAGGAAUGAGUCUGCAUUGAGUUAUUCUUAAUCAUCGGUGUGUGAUUUCCAAAGUAGUACCUGCUUAUUCUAGGGUUCAUUUUAUUUCAUAAACACAGACAGCUCAGUGUUCCCUGCUGACCCUGUUAGUCCUGGGGGUAGGAGUCAGUGUACGCCCUGGCCCCAGCCCGGAAACGAGAUUAGAGGGGGGGAGGGACAGUGACUCGCCCUCCAGGUGCCUUGGAGUAGGAUUUCCGAGAGAUCGGACUCUGGAAGUGGCUCCUGGGGGAGGACAGAGGAGUGGGCAGGCCCCAGGUGGAGCGGAGGCCCUGCCUCCUCCACUGGGUCUUGACAGGUGGGAUCACCUGCCGGACACGCAGCUGUCCGCCCGACAGUGUGGGGCGGGGCGAUGUGGGUCCAGGGCUCCUUUAUGCCAAAUCCUGAGCUUUUAAAAAUGGGUUGCUAGAGGUCUUAUUAGCUUUGGAUGUGGCAGUGUCGCGGGUCAGACAGCAGGCUGUGAUGUUAGAGCUCUGAGUUCAAAUCCUGGCUGGACCACAGGCUCCAGAGGUUGUGGGGAGACAUUCACUGGAGCCUGUUCCCUUUUAAGAUGGGACGGAAGCUCUUCCCUGGGUCCUUGCCCGCGCAGUGCAGAGGCCCGGCCCUCAGGCGAGCAGGGACUGCGUGCGCCUGUCUGGAAGGCAGAAACCAAGAUCGGAUUGUUCACCGUCACUCCGGAACGAAGCAGAAGCUCAGUGUUGGAAUCAGAACCUCUUACCUGGCCCCCCUCCAGCAGGUUCACCUUAAAACCGUUCUUCUGGCCGCGUGUCCCGCUAGAGCUCCUGUGAAGGACCCCCUGGGAGUUUUUCCUAAGCCUGUUUAGUGUUUUUGAACUUGGAUGAACAGUCCACCGCAUGGAGAAUCGCUUGGUGCCAUGCUGCUGCCUCGUCUGACAUUUUCUAAAUUGUGUUCGGUUUUUUACAACAUUGGUGUCCUGCUGUAUGUGCGGUGUUCUGUCCAGCUCUUUUCACUUAUAUCCUUUUUGUAUCAUUAAAUAUUUUUUAGGACAUGA